AUGGCCUCUAACUCUGGUCGCAGCUCGUCCGCCUCUGGGCGUACCCAGUCAGCCAAGAACGUGCCCGAUAAACAGAUUUCUACGAUCGAAAAGAGCGUAACACACCUCCUCGUCGCGACUAAACAGCUUUUGGAAACCCUCACACAAUGGUCUCGAAAACAAGCCUCGGAGAACGACGUUUCGGACGUGUAUGUGCGCUUGGGAUACGAAUUUAACCUGGCAUGUCGGGCGUUCAACGCCAUCGGAGUCGAAACCUCGGAUUUAGGACCCGUCCCCGAUGUCCUUCGCACAAUCCUGGAAGACACCCUCAGCCAGGAUGCAUCCGCGCAAAGUCUGGACCGAUAUCUCCCUCAGAUCCGCGACAUUAUUAUCAACCUACUCCAUGGGUUAAAGAAAAAACAGGCUCGUUUACGCUCUCGGCAACAGCGUGAAGAUGGACGAGCUGGUAUGCCCGGGCGGCAGGCCAGUGCUGGAAGUCUGUCCAGUAACCACUCGAACAUUGGACAACUAUAUGACGAAGCUGCCGCCUCGACCAUGCCUAAUAUCCAACCUGGCACGCAGUCGCCAAAACGGCCACCUCGUCGCUAUGGCAGCAAUGGGUCUCUAGAGGACCCUCUACUCAGCCAGCUCACAUCCCCAACGCGAGGCACGAACUACACAGACCGCGAAGCAUCGAGGCGAGAAACACAGCAGCUUCUUACGCAAACGACUCAGGACAAUGGCGCGACCCCGCGGGUGGCUCAAUCCUCGGGGGCGCCUCCAGACUUCCCUGCUCCGCCCCCACCUCCCAAACAGGACGACGCCCUGGGUGCUCUCCAAAGAAGCGGCGAGCUCGAACGACGAGCGUCGCGUCGUUUCUCUGCCUAUCAAAUUCAGAAGCACUUAGGGACGUCAACCAACGGUGUCCCGGUCCUCCCUACACAGAACUCUCCUAUCCCCAACCGUGGACGUGAUGUGCGCGAGUCUCUCAACGCUGUUCGCUUGCGAGGCUCGUACGUGCAUUCGCGGCAGCGGUCCACCAAGGGUUCCCAGGACAUUUCAAGGAGUUCCCAGGCCCAGGCGGCCGCGAAUGUUCCGGAUGCAGUCCAAGAAGAGCAGAACAAGCCACCCUCGGAAACUGCCCCAGAACCUGCCCCUGAACCUGAGAGCGAAGCAACCCCUAAGGCUUCUCUGAAGCAGCCUCCUGCGAAGCCAGCUCAGCCCGAGGAGCCCCUUGAGGUAGCACCGCCGAGCUUCCCACAACCGCCGAAGGGGCCUUCUCUCGAGGAUCCUUUCAAUCCCGAAAAAAGCGAUGCCCCUGCUGCCGAGACAGCCCCCGAAACACCAAAAGCAGACCGCUUUGUUCCUUCUGGCAUUGAAACACCCCCAGCUGUUCCUACAUUUAUUGGAGAACAGCCGUCUCCAGGGAAGGAGUUGACGCUCUUCUUGCAAUACAAAACUAAAAUCAAGAAAUACGUACUGCCUGAAGGCAUUGCGGAUCUUACCAUUGGACGACUUCAAUUGGCUUUCAUUGAGAAGUUCGCUUGGAACACCCACAGCAAUGGAGCUGACUUGCCUGAGAUUUACAUUCAAGACCCUGUCUCGGGCAUCAGACACGAGCUUGAAGAUCUGAACGAUGUCAAGGAUCGAUCGGUUCUCGUGUUGAAUGUCGACAACUUGGACGAAGUCAAGAAGCAUUUUGAUGAUAGCUUGUCUGGAGUGCGCUCCAUGGUGGAGGGCGUCAAAGAAGCCCUUGCUGGGCAGGGGACGAUUAUCCAGCGCGUCUCGGACCGUCAACUUGAGGCAGCGAAGGAAAUGGCCCGUUUGGCUGCUGCCCCUCCCGCAGCUGCCGCAGUCGUGCCCAGUCCUCUCAGCGGCCAAAAGGCUCCGAUAUCUGGAAGUAAUAGCCAGCUUGCGGAACUGCAAAGCCUACGGCGCGAUCUUGCUGUGCUCCGACAAACCUACUCUAACUUCACGACCGACAUCACUGGCUCAAUGAGCGCUGUUCGCGCCAAGGCUAGCCAGAUCAAGACCGCUGCAGAGGACGUGGCUGUUCCAAGCUACGAAGGCGACGCCGGCCGUGCACGUGUCAACACUGGCAAGAAGGAACUCGGUGACGAAUCUGAGCGACUUGUGGCUCGUGUUGACGACCUGCAGGAUCUGGUCGAGGAUCUUCGGAAGGACGUAGUCCAACGUGGCGUGCGACCCUUGCCCCGCCAGCUGGAGGGUGUCAACCGGGAUAUCAGCACUGCCAUGAAGGAGAUCAAGAAGAUGCAGGACUUCCUCGCCCGGGAGAAGCCUAUCUGGACCAAGAUCUGGGAGAAGGAGUUGCAGUUGGUCUGCGAGGAACGAGACCAACUGACCAUGCAGGAGGACCUCGCGGCCGAUCUGCAAGACGAUCUGGAGAAGGCUGCUCAGACCUUCGCUUUGGUGGAGCAAGCCACCAAGGAGCAGGCUAUGGAGAAGGCCAAGGAUGGCGGUGUCACUUUGCGCGCUACCUCGCGUACCCUUGGCAUUGACCCGACUGUUGACCCUAUGAAGGCCAAGGAUGGCGUCUUGGGCGAGGUGCGCGCUCUGCAGCCAAACCACGAGAGUCGAGUUGAGGCUAUCGAGCGAGCAGAGAAGGCUCGCAAGAAGGAGCUCGAGACCCGACGGAUCGGUCUCUUCCAGAAGGAACUUGGUAAUUUCGUCCAAGAAGGCAAACUGAAGAAGAGCGGCGGUGUGGAAGAAGCCGAGCGACUGCGCAAUGCCAAGGAUGAUCGCAUUCGAAAGGAAGUUUGGGAUAGACAGCAGGCUCGCAACGCCGAGAUGGAGAAGGCUGAAGCCGAAGCUGCCGCAGCAGCAGCGGCAGAGCAGAAGCCCGAGGGUGAGGAUGAAGUGGGAGACUCAGCGCCGGCUCCUGACAGUGAGGACGCUGAUGAACAGAAACCAGAGGUGCCUCGUAAAGAAGACGCGGAGGAUGAGAAGAAGGAUGCCAACCCCGGUGAAUCCGCGCCCGACUCCUGA